UAGUAAUACUAUCUAGGUAAUUUAAUUGUUGAGUAUGGCAGCUGGUAAAUUUGGUUCAAAGGGAUAUACUUCAGCCUCAAGAGGGAGUGAUUUUCUUAGAUCUGUAUUACAAAACGGAAGUGGGAGAUAUGUACAACAAUUACAAAGACUAACAUUUAGAUUUUGCCAGAAAUCUCAAGAAAGCAAACAAACAAGGGAUUAUGUUGAGAAUGGGUUAACUGAUUUUGCAAACAGAAAUCCUGGUGUUGUUCUUUAUGUAACACCAGAAUCUGAUGUUGAUCCCAAAAUAUGUGCGGAAUAUUUGAAUGGACGAACAGAAAUUGUUACACUAAAUAAGCUAACGGAAGAUGAAAUAUCAAGAAAAUGUGAAGACUUGAAAGAUAGAUCUGGACUGGAAAUAAUGCGCAGAAGAAAGAAUAUUCACACAGACGUUCCAUCUAUUCAGGGUGAAUGGACACCUUUUACAAACUUUAAAAAAUAUGAUGUAAAAUACAAACCUAAUUUUGCAGUUGAAACAAAACAUUCUUGGGAUAGUUUUCCUGCCCCAUGGACGGGUUUGUAUCGACGAAAUGAACUUUAUAAAUUGGAGAAUCGUCAGAAGCUGAAUUAUACUGAAAAAUCUCAAGAACCUUUAGGCAAAUGGGGACCAAUAUUGCGGCCAAAAUAUUAAAAUCCACUACCUUGUUACCUAUAACAUAAAUUUAUGCGAAUUUGAGCACUCUGGUGAAGAGAUACUAUUGUUUAGUGCCAUUAUUUUUCCUCGCAGGUUAUUUUUCACUGUAUCACAAAUUGAAAUUGUUUACAAUGGCAUAGAUUUUUAACAUUUGCAAAAAUUUCUUGGUCAGAUGGUUCUUCUAUAUGUGGCAGGGCAGUUAAGAUUGAAGAACAUUUUUUCGCAUGGACAGGAGAACUUCAUAAAUACAAAAUUACAGUAUAUCUGCGACCAUGCAGAAUAAAUAAUUCCCUUUUUUCUUUUCCUAAUUAUUAUUCCCCGUAUAACAAUUCACCAUCAGAUUUCCAUGUCUGUAGUUUAUUCUAUACAACUGAUAAUUUGUCACACAAAAAGACAAACAAUUGAGAAAAAGAUAAUGAAGAUUAUUAUUAUCCAGUAAUGGUUGGCAAUAUUAUUACUAAAAUACAUAAAAUUUCUCAUAUACAAGCCAAGUUGGAUGCAUGAAGAUUAUUGGCCAUAGCUAGCUCAAUGAUUCCCAACUUUUUCAGUGAACAAUAAAUAGCAAGUAUUUGCUCUUUCGGUUUCAUAUUGUGUAUAUAAAGCCCCUCAACCCCACAAAAUUCUCGGGUUGGGAGUCAAUGGGCUAGCUACAAGCA